AUUGCAGUUCCGAUGAUAUUCAUUCUUAUUUUUGCCCAAUCUCGUAGUGACUCGCAUAUAUUCACAUUGUUAGGCUGAUUUGGGAGAAAAGUUAGUUCCAAAUGCCUUGUUCUUCACUAGCAUUCCACUCCAACUAUAUACAUAUCGCUUCCUCUCAGAAGCGUAAUGUAGCUAUAACACCGGACUACCAAGCCUUAUCUUGCAUAUGGAUCUGUCCGGAAAUACCCAACAGUCUGAUGGCUUGGCACCCUCAGGAAAAUCAUCAUGGACGCCAGAUCUUCCCCAUCAUUUCCUACAACCCGGCCCCGGGGUUGACCCCACCGUACCGGGAUUCGGUCCUGGACUGCCGCUGCUCGGACAACAUGAUGGUUUGAGCCAUCUUGCUUCCGCGGCGGCUAUCUCCGACCCAUACAGCAUGCUUCCCGGAACAUCGCCACUGGGUCCGUCGCCGCCAAGUCAAUCUGGGCCGUCCGCAUUUAUAGCUAAUGAAAAUAUCGCGCUCGGAACGUUUACGGAAAGCGCUGAGCGAAGGGAGCAGUUAAGAGCCAAGCGUCGCGUUCCAAAUUCCCAACGGAAGAGGACCCAAGUCAGUUGCGACGCCUGUAAAACGCGAAGAUGCAAAUGUGUGCGUCUAAAAUCAGCUCUGGGAUCUGAUAACGAUAUAGCAAAGCCCGGCGGCCAGUCUCCUUGUAAGUUGUGUGUCGAAACUGGAAUUUCGUGCGUGACAUCGUUGCCACGUAAGCAACGGGUCUACGGUAGCGUCGAGAAUCUAGACAAGAGAUACCGGGCCCUCGAGGCCUUGGUUUCGGGCAUAUUUCCAGACCUGAACCCCAGAGCCUCGGCGGAAGAACUGGUGAUCUUUGGGCAGGAGAGGGCGAUAGUCAUGCCUGAUUUCGGUGAAUCGCCCGAUCAAUUUCAACCUCAGCCUCGACUUCUGUCGGUAGAGCAACCUAUAAAACUGAUCACACCUCAAACUCAUAGAUACGGCUCAGUCUUAGGGGAGGGAAUCGGAAGCUCGAAUUUGAUCAUAGCAGGGACCGAUCACGAAAAGACUAUAUUGCCGCCGUCCUAUCUUAUGAGAUUCGCGCCAACGAAGACUCCACAGCUCACGCCUGACUCUACGGAUAGUAUUGCAGACCCCAGCGCUAAGACUACCGGUUUGAUAUCGGAUGCCACUGGCCGGCCGCAUUACAUAGGGCCAUGCGGGAGUCUUGCUUUCUUUGGCAAAAUGCGCGAGCUAUUUGUGCAACGCUUUUCCGAGACGGGGUUCGUAGGUGGAUCUGAUGGAACAACCCGCGGUUCUACGAGUGGUAAAAAACGGCUCUUUCACAACAACCCGUUGGCAGCUUCGCUAGGUGGAACUGGUGAUCGUGGGCGAGCGGCUGCGUCUCCCCCACGACGAGAUGGUUCUAGUUCACCUAGCCAAAUCUUAGACCAUCUUGAUGGCGACUCUCCUCCUCAAAUAUGCGAAAAUAUGCUCAGGGAACAUCCAAACGACCCUGAAUUUUGGAGGUAUCGUAAACGAGUCUCCGAACUUGAAUUGCCCCCUAAAGAGCGAGCAGACGCCUGCGUCCACGCCUUUUUCCAAUGCGUCCAUCCGAACUUCACCUUGUUCCAUCGGCUUACUUACCAAACCGCUUAUGAGAAGAUGUGGCGUUGCUGGGACGCGCACAGAGGAAAAAACCCCAAGACUCAUGUCAAAGAAACUUCUGUAUCGGUUGGAUGGCUGUGCUGUCUGUAUAUGAUACUCAUCCUAGGAUCUCGAUCCCUUCCGCAGAAUGCCGAGUCGCUUGACUUCCAACGGAAAUGGUUUUCAAAAGUUGAAGAGCUCCCACCGCUCCUUGGCACUUCGAGUCUCCCGAACGUACGUGCAUAUAUGCUCCUCUCGUUAUACUACCACAAUACCAACGACCGAACCGGCGCCUGGACGUUUCACGGUGCGGCUUGUCGACUAGCUAUAGCGCUUGGGAUGCACCGCGAGAGUUCUUCGGGAUUGUUCGAUCCGGUAGAGAGGCAGCUUCGAAAGCUAGCUUGGUGGACGUUGUACGGCUACGAACAGUUUCUAUGCUGUUCGUUAGGGCGUCCUAGUGCGAUCGAUGAUAGAGAAAUGGAUGUCGGAAUUCCAAACGAUGACUAUCUGGACGCAAACCUUCUCCCUCCUCGGUAUAUCGAGCAUUCGGCUCGGUUAGAUAUGCUCUUAGCUGCCGUCCGGCGCGGGAUAUUCGAUCCAGGAUUUGUCGCCGCGAAGAUGUAUACCCGAGCCCUAGAGUUCCUAGAGGCUGUCUCAGGUUGGGAAGAUACACUGCCGAGAGGACUCAAACCCUUGGCGUACGAGGGCAGCUCCGACGGGAACGAUAACCAGUGGCGGAGUGCUAUAUUACUUAACGUUCGGUAUUAUCACACGCUCUGCUUCUUGACACGUCCGUUUCUAUUUGAGACGAUCGAAUCUGUGAACGGGGGACCUCCCCUGGGGCCUGACGCGUGCAAGAUAAGAGCAUUAUGCAAAGUCUGUCUGACUGGCGCGAUGCGCUGUGGGAACUUGAUCAUCAGCUUAUGGCGCGCAGGUCACAUAAACGGGGCUACAUGGAUAGAUAUAUACUAUGCAUAUAUGUCUAGCCUAGAUAUCUCGUUAGCAUUGCUUUCCCCGGAUUCGCUAUGCCAAGAUGAAGACCAACUAGAAAUCGCCAAGCCAGAGCUCAUACAAACAUAUACAGUAGAAGAAAUGAAGGACGUUGUAAGGCAGCUAUGCGAGGUCAUGUCGACGAUCGAGGUAUGUGGAACAAACGCUCGGUUUGCAAAGGCAGCGUUUGAAUUUGCGAUUGCCCUCGGAAUUAUUCCCGAGGAGAGUAUUCUCUCCUUAGGUCUGUCACUCCUAGAGCUGAAGGCCAGGGAACGAGAUAAGGGGCCUAAUGAGGAGAGUUUCAUUCCUAAAGCAACAGGAGGGGACCAAGAAUAUACCCACGAUAAAAAACAGGGAGUCGACGGUGGUAGAGUUGACCAAGGCAUGACUGGAAUAUCUAGCUAUUAUCCCGCAAGUGCUAUGAACUUAGAUUUCCAAGGCAACUUGAGCUACCCCUUAGAUGAUGCGAUGGGCGAUGUGCAAUGGGACAUGUGAGUCGAUACCGAACAACGCAACACUGCCUUACUUUACUUCGGAGUUUUCUAAUGCGCUGAUUUUGAACUCGCCAGGAUACUGCAACCUUCACAAUGGAACGGCGCCGCUUUGAAUAUGGACAUGGACUGGGUCUGGCAGUGUCCGAAUCAAAGCUGGCAUGGUAAUAUUUACGGAAACUAACGAACCCCUAGUGAAACCCUUCACUGCCUACCUACCCUCUUACGGGUUAUGUCGACUACGCUCGCACUUGUUAGAAUAAAGACCUUCGGACGCGACAUUCCUGCAAUUCCGGUGGCAAAAGACAUAUAACACAGUUAGCUUCAUAGCCAACAAA